AUGGCGUCGGCAUUUCGCAUACUGCCCAUGGAGAAGACCAGCUCGUCGACGGGUCGCUGGCAGACACUCUCAGCCUAUGUGUUGAUACCGCUGAUGAUCCUGGCAGCUUGCGUGCUGACCAGAAACAGCAUGUUGCAGAGGAAAGCUGCGAACUCACCGAGUGUGCUGCUCAGUUGUGGUCGCCUCUCGGGCGUCCAAGACGCCGGCGUCGCCGCCUUCCGCGGCCUCCGCUACGGCGAGGCCCCGCUGGGCCGCCGCCGCUGGCGGCCGGCGGCGCCAGCCGCGUGCGCGGCGGGGGAGGCCACGCAGGAUGGUCCGAGCUGUCGACAGGGCGGAGGUCCCGGAGAAAGUGAGGACUGCCUCAACCUGAAUGUUUUCGUCCCGUCUAGAUUGUUUGAGGGCACGCAGGGCGCGCCUUUGCUGACUUCGUUGCCGGUCCUCGUGUGGAUCUAUGGGGGAAUGAACGUCAUCGGUGAUGUGGAAUUCUAUGGCCCGAUCGAGAACAUCGUCCGCAAGCGCGACUGCGUGCUGGUGGCGAUGAAUUACCGUUUGGGCAUUUUUGGCUAUCUUGCUUUGAAGGAAUUGGCCACCGUCGAUCCCCGGGGCAGCAGCGGCAAUCUGGGCAUCACUGAUCAGCAGCUGGCCUUGCACUGGGUCCAAGAGAACAUCGCGGCCUUUGGUGGUGACCCGAAGAAAGUCACCCUCAUGGGGCAAAGUUCCGGCGGAUCCAAUGUCUUUGCCCAUUUGGCCUCCCUAGGAAGUCGUGGAUUAUUUCAUCGGGCCAUCUCUCUAUCAGGAUCCCCGAACAUUACCAUGGACCGCGAGACCAAAGAGGAUCAGGAUCGUCGCUUGAUUCUUCCGAGAACCCCUUGUGCUAACCUGAGUGGUCCAAAACUGUUGGACUGCCUCUACACUGCAGACGCGAUGGCACUGGACAGAGCGCUGCCGAAAUCAUAUCAGCUGUUCGACACCCUCUACGACUACCCCACCACCCGCGUUGGCCUGGGCGCCAGUGUCAGUGCGCUACUGCAUGUGGACGGCGUUACCGUGAGCGCGCCUGUGUUGGAGGCCUUAGGCUCCGGGAUGAACGACGUACCCUUGUUGCUGCAGUCCAUGCAGGCAGAGAUGGCCUGUGCACCAGCGAAAGUUCUGGAGAACCUCACCGCGCGUGGCUUGGGCGACUUCCUCGAGGAAGUGUUCUCGCCAGUCUAUGGGCCUCAAGUGGCCCACGAAAUCAACGCCACCUACCAACACUACGUUCCGCCAGAGUACGGCGCCUACGCCGUGGACGCAGAUAGUGCCAGCGCUUGCGGCUUGCGGGCUUUGGCACAAGCAGCAGCUGGCAGCUUCCAGAGCCCUGUGUAUUGGAGCACCGUGACAGCCCAGCCAAGCCAUCCGGUGAAAGGGCAACGCUUCCCAUUCCACAACUGGGACUUCAUUGCAGCAAGUGAGACCUUUGGUGCCUACACGCCCUCUCAGAAGGACCUCUCCUUCGGAGCACGGCUUAGGGAGGAUUGGUUUCAGCUGAUUUGGGACGGUGAGAUCUCGACGUCCGGCUACCGAAAGGUCCAAGCGUCGGCGCCUGGGGAGCUGGUGGGCUCGGCACAAGGCUUUGAAGCGCUGGUGUUCCGGGUUUUGAGCCGUCGCCACAUGAGUGACCAGUCCGAUCCGCCUUUGUUCAGUUGUGAGGACUGCUUCGCACCGGGCGUCCGAGGAAGUGAUGUGUCCAUCCGCUACGAGGUCCUUUCGCAGGGUCGGGCGGCCGAGUCGCUGCGCCGGAGAGCGAGGGCAGACACGCCCGUCGUGGGCGCCCUAUGGGCCUUGCUGCGUGGGAAGAACUGGCAGCGGGCCAUCCAGGCUGCUGAAAAGUUGCUGCUGGAGGAGCUCGUGCCCCGGGAGUUCUUGGCGCUGAUGCGUUCGGCCGGCCGCCGCAGCGCCUGGCCACUGUCCUUGGAGGCCUUGGAGACGAUGAGAAAGAGAGAACUGCCACCAGACGAGCUGCAUUACACUGCGGCCAUGCGUGCAUGCACCUCAGCGGAUGCGGCGGGGGGCUCCGCGGCGCUGCGGCUCUUUGGGGAGGUGGAGAAACCCAGCCAUUUGACCUUCACGGCAGCCAUUUCAAGUUGUGGUGUGACGCGAGAAUGGGAGUUGGCGCUGGAGCUCUUGAACCUCAUGGCUUUGUCCUCGCACCCGCCGGACUUAGUGGCCUUCCACGCGGCCGUGACGGUGUGUCGCCAGGCGCGGAAGUCGCGGCUGGCCUUGAAGCUGAUUGACUCGCUUCGACGUUCGGAGCUUCAGCCGGAUGUGGUGGCCUACAGUGCGGCCAUCGCCGCGUGCGAGGAGGGCUUCCGAUGGAUGCGCGCCUUGAGCUUCUUGAAGCAGAUGGACCAGGACGCCGUUGCAGCGAACGUGGUGUCCUUCAGUAGUGCGAUGAGCGCCUGUGCCAACGCGCGGCAUUGGGAUCACGCCUUGGAUUUGAUGGUCAGGAUGAGGCAAAAGGCGAUUGAGCCGAAUGUGGUGACGCAUUCUGCGGUCCUCUCUGCCUGUGACAAAGCGCAUCAAUGGCAAUGGACUCUUCAGCAAUGGGUGGAGAUGAAAGAGUCAGGCAUUCGCCCCAACCGUAUCAGCUACAGCGCCAUCUUGGGCUCCAUGGGCAUUGGCCUCCACUGGCCACAGAGCUUGUUCCUUUUGGACGAGAUGUGGCACCGCAAGGUGUCCCCAGACGUGCGGAACUACACUAUGGCGCUCAGUUCCCUGGAGAAGGCCAAGCAAUGGCAGCUGGCUGUGCAGUUGUUGAACUCGAUGAGGCUCCAAAGCCUCCAGCCGGACCUGUUCCUGGGCAAGGUUUCGUGA